GUGUGUUUGACAGAGACAGAGUCAUCCCAGGUCUUUACCAUGAAGCACUGUGUGCUGCUGUCGCUGCUGUUGGCGUUGGGGUGCGUGCACAUCCACGGUGCACCGGUGGAGCCGGCUGGCUUGGAGCAGGGGUCGUGUGAAGACGCGUCUGCAAAGGGCGCCGCGGGACUGGCUCUCACCAAGAUCAACCAGGACCGCACUGAGGGCUACGUCUUCAACCUGCACCGCCUGUCCAACGUCCACAUGACGAAACAUGGAGAGAACGGCAUCGUUUUCUACCUGACUCUGGAUGUUGUUGAGACCAACUGCAGUGUUCUCGACACGAGGAAAGACAAGAUCUGCGAGACUCGUGAAAUCGCGGACACACCGGUAUAUGGACAGUGCAAAGCUGCCAUAUUCAUCAAUAAGGUGCAGAGAGUGGUGCGUCUCUACAAAUACGACUGUGUUGUCAGACCAGCUCCUGCAGCCAAGAUAGCUGAAAUAUGUCCUGACUGUCCGUUCCACAUCGCCCUGGACAACGACAAGAUUCAGAAGACUGUGUCUGUCUCACUGGAGAAGUUCAACAGUGAGAGCGGGUUGGCCAAUCGUUUCGCUCUGCUCAGAGUCAACCGCGCCACCACUGGGAUGGCCAUGUCCAUGUAUUACAAUGUAGAGUACACCAUCCAGGAGACCACCUGCCCCAGGAGCACAGAAGCAGUGACGGCUGAUAAGUGCCCCCACAUGCAGUGCGAGUUCGCUCACAAGGGCUUAUGUAAGGCAUCCCUCUUCUACUCACCCAGCGGUGAUGCUCAGACCAGUGUGGAGUGUGAGAUCUUCGAGCCUGAGGCUGCAGAGAGAGAGAAGACACUGCACCUGCUGGCCGGAGAGACCGACCACAGCCACAGCGACACAGACACACACAACCACGACCAUGACCACCCACACGCUGCCGACCAUACACACACACAUGACCACACGCACGACCACACCAAGAGCCACGCCCAACACGACAAAACCUCCAAGCACGCUGACAACAGUGACCACCACCACACACAUGACCAUGGCGCGGGCAGCGGCCACAGGCACGCUCACGACCACUCCCAUGACCACGGGCAUGGCCACGAUCAUGUUCACGCUCAUCACGCCAAGGCGCACAACCACACCGGCGACUCGCCCAACCACCACCACGACUACAAGCAUGCCGAUGGCGUGCACACCCACGAGCACGACCACGAGCUCGCGCUGGACCACGACCACAAGCACGCUCACCUGCACGACCACGAGCACCACCACCAUCACCACGACCACGAUCAUGAGAGCGGAGCCCACGACCACCCAAUGGGAAUGGUGAGGAUGCUGCCCUCCAUGGAUCAGCCCGUGCCUCCCUCCCCUGAUGUCCCCGCAGCUGGCCCCGAGGUGGCAGUCACCCUGCCCCUCAAGCCCGACCCCCAGAUCCCCGGAGAGAUGGAACCCAGCAUCCAGGCCCUCCCCACCUCAGUCUCAGCCCAGUGCGCCACCGUAGUGGCAGGAGAGACCCUGGUGGAGAAACUCUUCGCUGAGGACCCCAUGUUCAAGACAGCUGCAUAA